GCGGGGCGUCGGUGCGGCUCCACCAUGUCGAAGGUGUCUUUUAAGAUCACGCUCACGUUGGACCCGCGGCUGCCCUACAAAGUACUCAGUGUUCCUGAAAGUACACCUUUUACAGCAGUCUUAAAGUUUGCAGCAGAAGAAUUUAAAGUUCCUGCAGCAACAAGUGCAAUUAUUACCAAUGAUGGAAUAGGAAUAAAUCCUGCUCAGACUGCUGGAAAUGUUUUUCUAAAGCACGGUUCAGAACUACGAAUUAUUCCUAGAGAUCGUGUUGGAAGUCAUUAAUACAUGCAACUUGGAGCACAGUUACCGACCAGAAUAAAUAUUGAUGUUUGUUGUUGCUGUAAAAUUGAAAUCAGGUAUUUAAGAUACUAUGAAAAUAACAAGAAUCAAAGAAACAAUGAACGGUGGCUCUUCUGUCCCUUGUUGUUCAUACUUUUCAUAUGAAGUGGGAAGCCUCAUGGGUGGAGGGCACGACCUCCAGAGAAGGUGGUACAGUUGAUGGUUGCUACCUCAUCACAAUUGAGAGUUCACUUGUGGCAAAUGGAUUAUCUGA